GCGGAUUUCGAAGCGACGAGCGUCAGUUCAUCUCGCGAUCCGGUCGUGCGCGGAUCACGCAUACCGCAAGUCUCGACUGCGCUUCUCGAGAGGAGGCAGUGUUGUGCGCGAAUUUGGCGAUUUUUUCCAAGCCGAGAAUAUUACAAACGAAAUAAUCAACGAUGAAGCCCACGCAGACGGCAGUUCUGCUCGUCGCCCUGGUCGCCUCGACCUCGGCCAUGUCACAGGUUCACUACAGCUCAAGGGUCUUGACUGGCGGUGGCAGCUGCGACAGUCACACAUGCGGAAUCAACGCUCGCUGCACGAUCAGCGAGGGCCGUCCGGUCUGCUCCUGUCUGAAUCUCCACAUGGGCGACCCGCUCUCGAGAUGCGAGCGCGUCGAGUGUAUAAGGAAACGUCGAUCGGACAAUUUACACGUGAUAGCAGCGUCUAAUCCGCGCGCGCGCGCUCGCCUUAUCCGAUUGCCGCCUGAACGUGCUUUUUAUGUUGUCGCUUCUUCCUCCAGUAAACGAGGACUGCAUCGGAAACCGAAUCUGCUCGUCGAACAGGUGCGUUGAUCCUUGCGCCGACGCCUGCGGAGCCAACGCGCUCUGCCAGACCAGGAACCACGUGCCCGUCUGCAGUUGCCCACCGGGUUACACCGGCGAUCCGUUCAAGAACUGCAUCUACGACCCUCAGGCACCUUGCAAGAACCCGAACCCCUGCGGCUCCAACACCAAGUGCGAGGUGAUAAACGGCGUGGCGACCUGCACGUGUCUGCCGGGCUACCGUGGCCGGCCCCUCGAGGGCUGUCGCCACGAGUGCGAGAGCGACUUCGACUGUCCCAGCCACCUGUCCUGCUCGUCCAAAUUCAGGUGCGAGAGCCCCUGCGCGACCCAGUGCGCCGAGAACGCCGAGUGCGACGUCGCCAACCACCGAGCCGUCUGCAACUGCCCUAAGAACUGGCUGGGAAAUCCUCUGAUCUCCUGCCGACCCGAGUGCACCCACCACUCGGACUGUCCCGCUGGAAAGCCCGCGUGCCACUACCAAAAAUGCGUCGAUCCGUGCGACGGCGUCUGCGGCACCCACGCCAACUGCGAGCUCCGUGACGUCACUCCCGUCUGCAGCUGCCCCAAGGACAGGACCGGGGACCCCUUCACCUUCUGCAGACCUUUCACGGACGAGGACCUCUGCACGCCGAACCCCUGCGGCUUGGGCGCCGAGUGCCGUCCCGGCCACGACAACACCGGCAAGAAGCGCCCGGUCUGCACCUGUCCCACCGGCUACAUCGGCAACGCCCUGGUCAGCUGUCAGCGCGGCGAGUGUCUCUCGGACGCCGAGUGCCCGGACAACCGUGCCUGCAUCAACUACUCCUGCCAGAAUCCCUGCACCGGUCGCGAGUGCGGAGUCAACGCCAGCUGCUCGCCCAGGCGACACAUCGCCGUCUGCACGUGCAACGACGGGUUCCGCGGAGACGCUCUCUUCGCCUGCAAUCCCAUCGACUCGAGAAGCGCCAGGUACAACGCCGGCCGCUAUACCCGCUACUAAGCGCGAGCGGACGCGUGUGUCUGUUGUGGAAUUGUUUGAAAGAGAGAUAUAUAUAAUACGUGUGCGCGUGGAAAGGCAUAAUGGGAUGCGUGCUGAUAGACUUGAUGCGACUGCAUAUUAUAUAUGAUUUUGAUUAAUCGUAGAGUUUAAACUAGAGUGUAAUUGUGUGCCAUUAAAGAGUAAGAGAGAGCGAAUAUUAUGUCAUAAUAUUAUGCCCACCGCGUAGGUGCAGCUUUAAUCUUAAUUUAUGUACUAACAAAAUUUAAGUGUAUUUUUAUUUCGGGCUGCUUAUGUGCUGCCAGCCUGGGAUAUGCUCAAUAAAAUAUAUGAAUAAUA